GAACAAAUAAAGCUUUGAAGGAAAAAAAAAAAAGGAAAAAAAAAAACCAGCCACGAAGCAGCUGUGACAGCGUGGGGUUUCCUGGAUCCUGUCUGGCGGAUCGGGAGGGGAGCGAUGGCUGAGCUGUAUGUGAAGCCGGGCAACCAAGAGAGGGGCUGGAAUGACCCUCCGCAGUUCUCCUAUGGCUUGCAGACGGCAGGAGGUGGUAAACGUGCACCUCUGAACAAGAGGGUUCCUGCUCCAUUACAAGGCGGUCCGGCAGUUCCUCCUGCACAGACGCUCUCCUCAUCCAGCCCACCGAUGAUGCCGCCCCCUGUCGGUAAAGUCGGCCCCCCUCCUGUAGGAGCAGUGAGCAGUAAUUCCAAGCAGUGUUCUAGUCCAGCAGAAGACGAGGUUCCCGUUGAAGACAUCUUGACUCCCUUGAAUCAAACCCUGGAGGCCUGCAAAGAUUCACUGAAGACUCAAGUGUUUACUGACAUUGGACGGCGGUUGACUGUGUUGGAAGAAAUGUGGAAUAGUGGAAAGCUGUCCAUAUCUGUACGUAAGAGAAUGAGCCUGUUGGUAAAUGAGCUGAAGAGCCAGCACUGGGAUUCUGCUGAUGAAAUUCAUCGAUCUCUUAUGGUUGAUCAUGUCAACGAAGUCAGCCAGUGGAUGGUUGGGGUGAAACGAUUAAUUGCUGAAGCUAGAAACCUACCUGCGGAAGCUCCGCCAAGAAGAGAGGAGCCGCUAACAGAUAGCACUGCGGAGGAGCAGAGUUAGGAGGGUCUGUUACUGGGGCUACUGAACAUUGCUAUGCAGUCUGUACAUAGUAUCAGAUCGGAUUUUUAUGUAUUCUUAUUCUUCCCAUGGAUUCGGGAACAUUCCCUUUGUCAAAUUUUAUCUGAUUUCUGAACAAAUUGACUUUUAGUGCCUGCUGGCACCAUUUGAUCUAAGGGGACUCUGAUGGGCAAACGCUGUCUCUGCUGAUCCAUGCACAUGGCUUGUCUGUAGAAUCACUCUUAGGGAUCACAUUUUUGCAGCAAUGACAAUACAUUUUAAAGGACGUUUAGUAGCCAAACAUGAAAGUGUCUGUUACUAUACUUGGAUAUAGUGACAUUUUGGUGGCACUUCAUUAAUCAUUUCACUAAAUUGUUGCCUCUUUUGCACACUUUAUUAUAUUGCCUCUUUGCUGCUGUACACCAUUCCGAGCUGUUCAUGGCAAUGAAGAAAUGGAGAACUAUUAUUCUGUAAGAAUUAUCACAAAAAGUAAUGGAAACCAAAAGUCACAGUGUUCUUUACAAAGGUGCAGAAAACAUGGGCCCCAUAGAUUAUCCCCCGGUAGUACUCCAUGUCAUAGUCAUCCUAGAUAUUGUAAUGCAGUUUGACAUUUAUUUGGUGUUCUCUGUUUUCUUGGGUUUUGUGAUUAUUUUUCAAUAAAGUUGGUCACAAUUUUU